AUGAUGAGGUUUUAUGGCCCAGUUCUGCUGGACACAACACUCACCUGGGCGCUGUCUCAGAUCCAGAAACCACUCGUGGGCCUCAGGCUGGCGCAUCGCACCGUCUUGAGCGGGGUGCUGGCUUCCUCAGAGCUGUAUCUGCUCACGGACAACAGCCCUGGGCACGAGGACACCUGGGCGGCGGUGGACCGGGCCGUGGGCGAGGCGCUGAAACUACUGGGCAGCUCUGAUGCGGUCGGGGGGGCUCUCGGGGGCCUGCGAGACAAGGCCUACGCCACCAUCCUGGAUGUGAUGGCAUCCAGGCGCGGAUGA